AUGGCUGCUAAAUUUCACACGGCAGACAAAUAAACACCAAACACUUCAACCUAACGCUAAAAAAUUUGAAACUCAAAAAUUAAAGCUAAAAGUCGAAAACUGAACUCAGUAUGUGACGUGUUGCUCAACCACGGGUUUCAAUUUCGUCUUCAAUUUCAUUCUUCACUUCACAAUUUUCAUCAACGAUGAAUGUACGCAAGGGUUCAACAGUUUGGGUUCCAGAUAAGGAUUUAGCUUGGAUACCUGCUGAAGUAAUCGAUUCUGAUGAUAAAUUUGUUCAGAUUGUAACUGAUUCUGGCAACACGGUUUUUGUUUCGGCGGAGAAAUUGUGUCCGAGAGAUGCGGAUGAAGAUGAGCUCGGUGGAUUUGAAGAUAUGACGAGAUUGACUUAUUUGAAUGAACCAGGAGUGUUGUAUAAUAUUCGAAGGAGAUAUGCGCUUAAUGAUAUUUAUACAUAUACAGGGAGCAUUUUAAUAGCCGUUAAUCCCUUCACAAAGCUUCCUCAUUUGUAUGAUAGUUAUAUGAUGGAGCAGUAUAAGGGAGCUCCGUUGGGUGAGCUUAGCCCACAUGUUUUUGCUGUUGCAGAUGCGUCUUAUAGAGCAAUGAUGAAUGAAGGUAAAAGUCAAUCUAUCUUGGUAAGCGGUGAAAGUGGCGCCGGCAAAACUGAGACAACAAAAUUGAUCAUGCAAUAUCUUACUUUUGUUGGUGGCCGUACCGGUGGUGAUGAUAGAACAGUUGAACAACAAGUUCUUGAAUCAAAUCCACUUUUAGAGGCAUUUGGCAAUGCAAGGACUGUUAGGAAUGACAAUUCAAGUCGUUUUGGGAAGUUUGUUGAAAUUCAGUUUGAUAGAAAUGGUAGAAUAUCUGGUGCUGCAAUCAGAACUUACUUAUUAGAAAGAUCACGAGUUGUGCAGAUAAAGGAUCCCGAAAGAAAUUAUCACUGCUUCUAUCAGUUGUGCGCCUCUGAAAGGGAUGCAGAGGAGUAUAAGUUAGGACAUCCAAGUCAUUUCCACUAUUUAAAUCAAAGUAAAAUCUAUGAACUAAACGGUGUAAGCAAUGCUGAAGAAUACAUGAGGACGAGGAGGGCAAUGGAUAUUGUCGGCAUCAGUCACGGGGAUCAGGAAGCCAUAUUUCGUGUCUUAGCUGCAAUUUUGCACUUGGGAAAUGUUGAAUUUUCUCCUGGAAAAGAGCAUGACUCAUCAGCAAUAAAGGAUGAAAAAUCAAGAUUUCAUAUGCAGAUGGCUGCCGAUCUUUUCAGGUGUGAUGUAGACCUACUGCUGGCAACAUUGUGUACUCGAUCAAUACACACUCGAGAAGGAAAUAUUAUCAAGGCCCUUGAUUGUAAUGCUGCUGUUGCUGGUCGGGAUGCUUUGGCAAAAACUGUUUAUGCUCGUUUAUUUGAUUGGCUUGUUGAUAAGAUCAAUAGGUCUGUUGGACAAGAUAUCAAUUCCCCGAUGCAAAUUGGAGUCUUGGAUAUUUAUGGUUUUGAGUGCUUUAAGGAUAAUAGUUUUGAGCAAUUCUGUAUCAAUUUUGCAAAUGAAAAGCUUCAGCAACAUUUUAACGAGCAUGUAUUCAAGAUGGAGCAAGAGGAGUAUGGUAAAGAAGAAAUUAACUGGAGUUACAUUGAAUUUGUGGACAACCAAGAUGUUCUAGACUUGAUCGAAAAGAAACCCAUUGGUGUCAUUGCUCUGUUGGAUGAAGCUUGCAUGUUUCCAAAAUCAACACAUGAAACAUUCUCUACUAAGUUGUUUCAGCAUUUCCGGUCUCACCCUAGGUUGGAAAAGGAAAAGUUUUCACAAACAGAUUUUAUAGUUUCUCAUUAUGCUGGAAAGGUCACUUAUCAUACAGAUACCUUUUUGGACAAAAAUCGUGACUAUGUUGUUGUAGAACAUUGUAAUUUAUUUUCUUCUUCAAAUUGCCCUUUUGUGUCUGGUCUUUUCCCUCCACUACCAGAGGAAUCUUCAAGAUCAUCAUACAAGUUUUCUUCGGUGGCUACCAGAUUUAAGCAACAACUGCAAUCACUCAUGGAGACCCUCAAGUCAACAGAGCCUCAUUACAUACGAUGUGUGAAGCCAAAUUCAUUGAAUCAACCACAAAUGUUUGAGAAUGCGAGCAUCAUACACCAAUUACGCUGUGGGGGCGUCCUUGAAGCUAUUCGGAUCAGUCUGGCAGGUUAUCCCACCCGAAGAACAUAUUCAGAGUUUGUAGAUCGCUAUGGAUUAAUAGGCCCUGAGAUUUUGGAUGGAAGUUAUUAUGAUGAUAAAGCUGCAACUGAGAAAAUUUUACAUAAGCUCAAGCUUGAUAAUUUUCAGUUGGGCAGGACCAAAGUAUUUCUCAGGGCUGGCCAAAUUGGUGUUUUGGACUCCAAACGUGCUGAGGUUUUGGACAAGGCGGCUAAGUGUAUUCAGUGCCAACUGAGGACAUUUAUUACACGCAGGCAUUUCAUUUCAGUAAGAGCAGCUGCAGUGUCUCUUCAGGCAUGCUGCAGGGGAUACAUUGCCCAGAAGAUGUAUGCAGCUAAAAGGGAAACAGCAGCAGCUAUUGCUGUGCAAAAGUAUAUACGUAUGUGGCUAACAAGGCAUGCACACAUGAAAUUAUAUUCUUCUGCUAUUAUCAUACAAUCGCAUGUUCGAGGUUUCAUUACUCAACAAAGAUUCUUGCAUGGAAAAGAACAUAGAGCCGCUAUAUCUGUUCAGGCCUGUUGGAGGAUGUACAAGGUUAGGUCAGCUUUCCAGCGAUAUCUUGCUUCAGUUGUGGCAAUACAGUGUCUAUGGCGGUGUAGACAAGCAAAAAGGGAGUUUCGUAGACUUAAACAAGAGGCUAAUGAAGCUGGUGCCCUCCGUCUGGCUAAAACUAAACUUGAGAAGCAAAUGGAAGAGCUCACAUGGCGUUUGCACCUAGAAAAGAAAAUAAGGGUUUCUAAUGAAGAGGUCAAACAAAGAGAGAACUCUACACUUCGAAAAAUGUUAGAAGCUCUGAAUCUUGAAUUAGAUGCGGCCAAAUUGGCUACAAUUAAUGAGUGCAACAAGAAUGCUGUUCUGCAAAAUCAAUUGGAAUUGUCAGCCAAGGAAAAAUCUGCUUUAAAGAGAGAGCUAGUUUCUGUAGAUGAAUUACGAAAGGAAAAUGCUAUGCUAAAGUUUGCACUGGAUUCCUUUGAGAAAAAGUACACAUCUUUAGAGCAUGAAUUUAUAAAUGCUCAAAAAGGCCAAGACGAAACCAUUGAGAAACUGAGGGGAUUUGAACAGAAAUGCUCUCGGCUCGAGCAAAAUGUGAAAAGCCUUGAAGAAAAGCUAUUGAGUUUGGAGGAUGAAAAUCACGUGCUUCGUCAGAAAACCUUAAGUGCUCCUCGAAAGAGUAACCGCCCGAGUUUUGCAAAGUCGUUUUCAGAAAAAUACUCAACUCCAAUAGUCUCCCGCACUGAGCGAAAGCCCGUAUUCGAGACACCCACACCCACAAAAAGUACUGCUACUUUUACGCUAGGCAUGUCAGACUCUCAUCGAUCUAAGUCGACAGCAGAGAGGCACCAGGACAAUUAUGAAUUCCUCUCUAGGUGUAUCAAAGAGAAUUUGGGAUUCAAAAAUGGUAAACCUAUUGCAGCUCGUAUCAUAUACAAAUGUCUUCUUCACUGGCAUGCUUUUGAAUCUGAGCGGACAGCCAUUUUUGAUAACAUUAUUGAAGGCAUAAAUGACGCUCUAAAGGUUAGGGAAGAUGACAUAGUCUUGCCAUAUUGGCUGUCCAAUACUUCUGCUCUUCUAUGCCUCUUACAGAGGAACUUACGUUCAAAUGGCUUUUUAGCUACAAAUGGUCAACGUUAUACUGGAUCGUCUGGCUUGACCAGCAGAACUGGCCAUGGACCAAAAUCCCCAUUGAAGUUUAUUGGAUAUGAUGAUGGUAUGUCUCAUGUGGAUGCAAGAUAUCCAGCUAUACUUUUCAAGCAACAACUAACUGCAUGUGUUGAGAAAAUUUUUGGGCUUCUACGUGAUAAUUUGAAGAAAGAACUUUCACCACUUCUGCAACUAUGUAUUCAGACACCCAAAACAGGAAGAGGGCAUGGUGGAAAAUCAUCUAGAUCUCCUGUUGGCCUUUCUCAACAAUCAUCUGGUAGUCAAUGGAGCAACAUUGUCAAAUUUUUGGAAUCACUCAUGAGCAAACUUCGUGGAAAUCAUGUGCCAUCCUUCUUCAUUCGUAAACUAGUUACGCAAGUUUUUCACUUCAUCAAUAUUACACUCUUCAACAGUCUUCUUUUACGUCGUGAAUGUUGCACAUUCUCCAAUGGUGAAUAUAUGAAAUCUGGUCUCGCAGAGCUGGAGAAAUGGAUAGCCAAUGCAAAGGAGAUGUAUGCAGGAACAUCUUGGCAUGAGUUGAAUUAUAUAAGGCAAGCUGUUGGGUUCUUGGUAAUACAUCAGAAGAGGAAAAAAUCAUUGGAAGAGAUUCGACAGGAUCUUUGUCCGGCAUUGACUGUCAGGCAAAUCUAUCGAAUAAGUACUAUGUACUGGGAUGACAAGUAUGGAACGCAGAGUGUGUCCAAUGAGGUAGUUAGUGUAAUGAGGGAAAUUGUUAACAAGGACAAUCAGAAUAUGCCCUCUAAUUCUUUCCUAUUGGAUGAUGAUCUGAGCAUUCCUUUCUCUGCCGAAGAUGUAGAUAAGGCAAUCCCUCCUAUAGAUCUGGACGAGAUUGAUCUCCCAGUAUUCGUGUCAGAAUAUUCUUGUGCCCAGUUUCUUAAUUCACAUCAAAGUAGAUUGGUCGUUGCUGAAGCUUGACCUUUAGAUUAAUAAUUCAACUCUGGAUUUGCUGCUAUCACUUUGAGCAUGCUCAUGAAUCAUGAUGCCAAAGGGAGAAGAGUAAUGAUCUUUGUUGGUUUGUAAUUUACCCCUAAAUUACCUAGUUUAAUUUAAUCAGCAUAUUCCAGUGAUCUAUGUAUAGAAGACAGUGGAAGCUUGACAUGCUGCAUCUGUUAUUAAUAUAGGAGUAGUUCAUCCUCUUUGGUAUAUUUCUAUUGGUUUUUAUGUUUGUAUUGUAAAUAGGUAGUGCAAUUGUAAUUAUACUAGAAAUGAAGUUUCAUUCAUUGAUGUAAAUACUAUUCUUAUUGAACUUUCGCUCUUGCGAACUCUAAA